AUGACCGACAAACGUAUAGAGUCCGAUGCUUUCGGGGAGAUUGAAGUUCCUGCAAAUAAAUAUUGGGGUGCACAAACUGAAAGAUCAUUUUCGAAUUUCAAAAUCGGAGAUGCCAAAAUGCCUCUUCCCAUCAUCAAGGCAUUUGGGAUUUUGAAAAAAUCAGCGGCAAUUGUCAAUGAAGAGCUAGGUAAAUUGGAUUCAACCAAAUCCAGAGCAAUUCAACAGGCAUGCGACGAGAUUAUUUUAGGCGAGUUCGAUGAUAAUUUCCCCUUGGUUGUGUACCAAACAGGAUCGGGUACUCAGUCCAAUAUGAAUGCCAAUGAAGUGAUUUCAAACAGGGCAAUUGAACUCCUUGACGGGAAGAAAGGGUCAAAGACCCCAGUUCAUCCCAAUGAUGAUGUUAACAUGUCACAAUCAUCCAAUGAUACCUUCCCCACAGUGAUGCAUAUUGCCGCAGUGAUGCAAAUUAAACAAUAUUUGAUCCCAAAUCUUGAGGAUUUGAAAGAAGCUUUUGCAAAAAAAGCAAAAGAAUUUGAAAAAAUUAUCAAGAUUGGUAGAACUCAUUUGCAAGAUGCUACACCAUUAACUUUGGGGCAAGAAUUUUCUGGAUAUGUACAACAGUUGAAAUUUGGAAUUGAGAGAGUAGAAGGAACUUUGCAAAGAUUAUCACUCUUGGCGCAGGGAGGUACCGCUGUGGGAACUGGUUUAAAUGCGCCAAUUGGAUUUGAUGUUAAAAUCGCCCAACAAGUCUCAAAAUUGACUGGGAUUCAAUUUAAUACAGCCCCCAACAAAUUUGAAGCUUUAGCUACUCAAGAUGCAGAUGUGGAAGCUUCGGGUGCAUUGAAUACUUUAGCCACCUCUUUAUUCAAGAUUGCAAAUGAUAUCAGAUAUUUGGGCUCAGGACCAAGGUGCGGGUACGGUGAAUUGUCAUUGCCUGAAAACGAACCUGGUUCUUCGAUCAUGCCGGGAAAGGUAAACCCAACACAGUGUGAAGCAAUGACAAUGGUUUGUGUCCAAGUUAUGGGAAACAACUCCACGAUAACUUUUGCCGGUGCCUCUGGACAAUUUGAAUUAAAUGUUUUCAAACCAGUUAUAGCUUACAAUUUGUUAAAUUCUAUCCAAUUAUUGAGCGAUGCUUGUAGAUCAUUCAGAAUACACUGUGUCGAAGGUAUUGUGGCCAAUAAGGAAAAAAUCGACAAAUUACUACACGAGUCAUUGAUGUUGGUGACUGCAUUGAAUCCCAAAAUCGGUUAUGACAAUGCUUCGAAAGUUGCAAAAAAUGCUCAUAAAAAGGGAAUUACUUUAAAACAAUCUUGUGUUGAUUUAGGAAUGUUGAGUCCUGAAGAGUUUGACCUCUGGGUCAAACCAGAGAAUAUGAUUAGUCCUAGGUAG